GCCAGCCAGCCAGCCCAGCUCGCCUUAGCCGAUCUCCAUCCAUCCAUCCAUCCAAGCCCCGCUCGGGUCUCCACUCGCCUCAUUCGCAUCACGCCCACGGAGAGGAAAGAUGCGCGCCGCAGCAGCAGGAGCAGCGAUUGUCGCGCGCCGAAGAAAAAACGGGCUUCCGUAUUACUGCUGUCAUUUUUCCUGGUGGUCUUGUUGUUCUUGUUCGCGUUGUUGUGCGCUGCUGCACGAGCACCAGCGACAGCGUUGAACAUCGACGAGAAGAAGAAGAAACUCGAGAUUCUCCACGAGAGCGGAGGAGGAGAAGGUCGAGUGAGUGUGAGCUACCUACCUAUACAUCAGUUGCCGGUGGUUGCAGUAGUAGUGUUGGUGCUGCUGGUAGUCUCCAGAAGAAGAAGAGAAGAGAGGAGAGACGACGUCCACCACCACACACACGCGUGUGUGUGAGUGAGUGAGUGUGUGUGUGAGAGCUGAGCUGAGCUGAGCCGAGCUACAAAGAGAGAGUGUGUGUGAGUGAUUGAGUGAGUGGUGAUGAGGAUGAUGUUUUGUGGCGAGAAAUGGACAGUGGUGCGAGUGCUGACGCUACUCACGGUGGUGAGCUGGGCCUCGGCGGUGGUGCACGUGCCACCGGCGCCGUGGAAGCCGGCCGGGUCGUCGAGCCAGAACCAACAGCACCACCAGCACCACCAACAGGUGCCCAAGGACCUCCUGGCACGCCAGGUCGAGUCCCACCUCCUGGCUGCCCUGGGCCUCGACCGCGUCCCGCACCGCGCCAACAACAAGCCCGUCCGCGUGCCCAAGUACAUGCUGGACCUCUAUGCCAAGGGACCCUUUUGCAUCAAUUUCUUCCCCUGUGUGGGGUUGGACUCGUUCUUGGCCAAGUCCAACAAUGAUGCCGCCUCUUUUGCCCCGUCUUAUAAAAUUUACAAUGCUGUUUAG